CUUUGUCAUCCCUAGUUUUAUGUCGUAUCUUCGUCAUUUUAAAACUUUACCAGCAAUUGAGAGGGAGCGAAAACUAAUGAAAUAAAAACAGCGUAAAGUGUGGAGUACGGUUUUGUGCCCGUCCCAGUAUUGUACGCGUGUAACCUAAGAAAAAAACGCUAGUUUUUUUAUUUCUCGCGCCCCUCGGAGCUGGAACAGCUUUUUAUUUCAUUAACAUUAAGCGCUUUUUAUUUCAUUAACAUUAAGCGCUGAAGGAGCGCCAACGAAAGCCGGCUAACAGAGGUCCAGUUGACGAGAACAAUAAGAAAACUGGUUAACAGGGGCCCGGUCAACGAGUCAUCCAAUUAAAGCGGUGAGAAAGAACAAACGAUUUAGACGUGUUGCUAGAUCGCGAAGGUUGGUGCCAGGAAGUGAUUGGGGUAAGUUCGGUUGGGUGUAUAACGUAUGUAUAUUAGUGAGUUAGAUUCGAAAUUUUGCUCGAACCGUAAAAAUUCUAUUUCACAUAUUGCCACAAACACGUGCCAAAAUUUUAUUUUACAUAACGGCAUAAUCGCAUGCCAGAAAGCCUUGUUGUCUACAUAACGGCAUAAUCGCGUGAAAAUUCUGGUUCGCAUAACGGCUUAAUAGCGUAUUAAAAAUUAAGUAGACGGCCAUCUUAAACGAUGGUAUUAACACGUUCAACAUCCAAUAUGCACGACGAAGAUGGCAACAGCAACGACGAGUUCGAUACUACCGUUCGCGAACAGGGUGCAACUAUGCUCCAACAACAACCACUGGCGCUUGAAAUGCAAGUGAACGAAAUGGCGAAACAGUUGCAAGAACUGCGAAACGCGAUAGCGAAUCUUUGUGCUUUAAAUAACACGACUGCGACAGCACCCAAUAUACAGGCAACUGCCAGCAGCACCGCGCCAUCGUUGGUAAGCGGCGCCGAAGCUAGUGGCGUUUCGAUUGCCGAAACUUUAGCGGACUUGAACCGAACAUUGGCCAUCACCAGGUCAAAUGCCAGCAAAAAACUGUACGAUCUUCCUGAAUUCGAUGGGAGACCUGAAGAUUGGCCAAUGUUCCGCGAAUCCUUCUAUAUGACUACAGAAGAAUGCGGCUACAAUGAACGGCAAAACAUGUUACGACUUCAAAAGGCAAUUAAAGGAAAAGCACGCGAGGUGGUUGAGUGUCUACUCAUCCAUAGCAGCAAUGCGCCGCGGGUCAUUGAAGCACUGCAAGAGCGUUUUGGAAGGCCAGAACUAUUAGUUAAGAGCCAAAUCGCUAGAAUCCGAAAUUUUUCACCCAUUUCAGAAAAUCGUCUGGAGUUGCUUGUACCUUUUGCUACGAAAGUUCAGAACUUGGCAAUGUUUUUAGAGUCGGCGGGGUGUGAGUACCACUUGAGCAACCCGACUCUUAUGGAGGAGCUGCUUCUUAAGCUCCCAAUACAACGGCGUCUAGAAUGGGCGCGCUACGCAGUAAGCGUGAUACCAAGGGCCACUAUAAGCCACUUCAGCAACUGGCUGAAAGAGCUAGCGCGCGUAGUAAACGCGGCCGGCAUUGUUACUAAUACACAAUCGCGAUUGACAGAAGUAAGGACCGAAGGCCGAGGAAGAUUUUUCCAUACGGACGAAGUUGUGAACGGUAAUCACACUUCAUGCAAGCUAUGUAUGGAGGCACACCAUAUAUCGAGAUGUAAGCGUUUUCUCGAUAUGAACAAUACGUCAAGAUGGAAAGUUGUGCUUCAACUGUAUGAACAGUGGCCACAGAAGCAACCGAUGUACAUAUAAACACAAAUUCUCUGUGCGGAACUGCGCAAGAAAGGUACACGGACUCCUGCAUGCCGACGGAACAACGCGACUCAACAGAGUGAGGCUCAAUGCUCGCAACAGCCGAUCUUUACUAGCACCUUGAGGCAAUCAGGAAAAUCGAAGGUACUUUUCAAGAUUUUGCCAGUGAUACUGUACGCUAACGGAAAGGAAAUAGCAUGCUACGCGUUCCUGGAUGAGGGAUCAUCAAUAUCACUGAUGAACAAGAGCUUAGCCGACCGCCUGGGACUGAAGGAUUACAGUUCGGCGAUUCCUCAACUACUUAUUGGACUCGAUAAUGCACACCUGGGCGUAGCUAAGAGAACUGCAGCGGACGGCCGGUGUGGACCCGCGGUUGUAUUGACUAAGCUCGGUUGGCUCGUGUAUUGCUCAGGAAGUGCACGUAAAAAAUCCGGGUUUGAAUGUCACCACACCUUUUACACGCAAUUAGAAACCGAAGAGAGCCUUGAAAAUUUAGUAAAGAAGCAUAUCGUUGAUGAAGCAUUAGGUGUAAAUCUUACAGGCAGACACGUGGAUAGCGUUGAUGUAGCAAGGGCAAAAGAUUUGCUGGAACAGACUACAGUGCGCAUGGGGAACCGUUUUGUAACAGGUCUAUUGUGGCGAAACGAUCAUAUGCUCCUACCAGACAGUAGAAAGAUGGCAGAGAAAAGAUUACUCACCUUAGAGAAGAAGUUUGACCGAGACGCAGACUUCCGAAAACAAUACACGUACCUCAUGGCCGAGUACGAGAGCAAAGCCUAUGCGAGGCGCUUGAGUGAUGAAGAGGUGCUACAAAGAGGAAACCGAACAUGGUACCUACCGCGUUUCGGAGUCUGCAACGCGAAUAAGCCAGAAAAGCUUCGUUUGGUGUUUGAUGCUGCCGCUCAAGUAGAAGGCGUGUCUUUGAAUUCCGCUCUGCUCAACGGGCCAGACUUGUGUCAGCCGCUAAACACGAUUCUGAUGAAGUUUCGACAAAAGCCCAUAGGGGUGUGUGGGGACAUAGUGGAAAUGUUCCACCAAGUGCAAGUACGGCGUGAAGAUCAAAACGCUCAACGGUUCUUGUGGAGAAGCAACACGAAUGAAGACAUUCGUGAAUACAUGAUGUCAGUCAUGACGUUCGGGGCGACAUGCUCCCCAUGCUCGGCACAAUUUGUCAAAAACAGGAACGCAGAGGACUUUCGAGAUGUUUUUCCUAAUGCAGCAAACGCUAUACUCAACAACCAUUACGUUGACGACUUCGUGCACUGUUCCAACUCCCCGGAGGAGGCCAUGCAAACUACAAACGAAGUACGUUCGAUCCACCAGCAAGGUGGGUUCGAACUAAAGCUGUUCGUCUCGAAUGUUAAGGAGGUCAGUGAGCGGCUCAACGGCGACAAAAUUACGACUAACGAUUUUAGCCUAGACAAAGAUAGUUUUCAGAAGGUCUUAGGCAUGUAUUGGGACACCGCGAAGGAUAACCUGAGGUUUGCGCUCUUGCGUGGUAAAGUUGAUAAGGCCAUAGUAAGAGGGGAAAGAAGACCUACCAAACGUGAAGCGCUGAGUAUAGCGAUGUCGGUGUUCGACCCCUUCGGGCUAGCAUCGGAAUUUACAAUAGCGGCUAAACUAGUAUUGCAAGCAGUGUGGAGAAAAGGUGUGCGAUGGGACGAAAAAAUUCCAGAUGACGCCUACCAAAUGUGGCUUAAGUGGCUAAAUAUGUUGAAGCAGACCUAACUAUGCCAAGAUGUUACGACAAACGCUUUCUACAAAGCCCGGUUGAACUACAUAUCUUUGCAGAUGCUAGCGAAACGGCGUAUGCAGCAGUAGGUUAUUGGAGGGUCAAUGGAGAGGAGGGAUCAAUACGCUUGGCGUUUGUAAUGGGGAAAGCAAAGUGUGCCCCUCUAAAACUCUCAACGGUUCCACGCCUGGAGCUGCAGUCAGCGGUUCUUGCAGUCCGUCUUCGCGUUAUGAUCCUGCAAAAUCACGAUAUGGUACCGACUAGAGUUGUUAUGUGGAGUGACUCGAAAACGACCUUGGCGUGGAUAAAAUCCGAUCAUCGUCGCUACAAGCCGUAUGUGGCACACCGCGUAAACGAAAUCCUGGAAAACAGCGAGGUCUCUGAGUGGAGAUGGCUUCCAAGCGCGCAUAAUCCAGCCGACUUUGGCACGCGUCCUCGAGACAAAAAACGCACGUCCUUCUGGGCAAGCGGACCUGACUUCCUGUUAGAGGACGAAAAUCAUUGGCCGACAACUGAGUCGCGUAUACACACCCAAGAGGAGCAUAGGGCCAAAUUUGUUCUGCAUAUUCAAACUGAUUAUAACUUUUUACAGAAGUUCUCAUGUUUCAUCCGCCUUUCCAGAGUGGUUGCGUGGAUGCUUCGUUUCCGCGAUAAUUGCCAACGGGAUCAGCAGCGCAGAAGAGGUGGUCAACUCACCGUCAUCGAGCUGGAAAGGGCGGAACUCGCAAUUUGUCGAGCUACGCAGAAGGAAGCCUACGCUGAGGAGUAUGAAGAUCUAAGAUUGAAAAGACAAGUAAAACGCAACAGCACGAUUUCAACGCUUUCACCAUAUAUGGACGACUCAGGUGUUAUUCGAGUAAGAGGACGAAUUGACAAUGCAGACGCAGUCCCAUUCAGUACUCGCAGACCCAUUAUAUUGCCCAAAGCACGCCAUGUGACAGACCUGAUCGUUGGGUAUCAUCAUCAAAAGUGGAAACACCAAAAUGAAGGAACGCCGUAAAUUCUGGGUACCUCACGCCAAACGUGCAAAA